AUGUCGCUCCUUAACAACCAAGACUUCACCAUCUACCAGCUGCGCGCAGGCUACCUCCACCACAUCAAAGACGGCGUCGGCGAGCGUCUCAUCACCCUCAACACCAAUGUCUUGAACAACCCUGCCUUCCGUGCUGCUGGCUGGCAACCGAACCCUCAGGACAUCAAGCGCACAUACUCUCCUCCCAUCCCUACCGCCAUCGCUUCCGAAUACUUCCAAGCUCCACAGCGCUCUGUUAAACCCGCCUACGCCUUGCAAGAUGAUGACGAAGAAGGAGGAAUGGUCACCGGCCAAGGCAGUCAAGAUACCAUUGCUGUAAACAACCACAACAAGAGGCGUCGACGGAAAGAGCAGUUGGAGGAAGAUGAUAGCAGCGACCUGAGCGACGACAGCGACGAUGACGACGACAAGAGCGCCAUCUCCCAGAUCAAGUUCAGUAAGAUGCCCGUCCGCCUCAGAGCUGGCUCGUCUCCAACACACAACACAAUAGAUGGAGAAGAUGUUCCUAUACCCAACCUUUCUCCUUCCAAAUUGACUGGCCAGGAGACCGCAAGACGCGCCUCUCUCCCCUCGGUUUCCUUCAUCAAGCAGCGCCCAAGGAGAGAUACCGCUACUAGCAGCGAGUUCUCAUCCGAGAACGAGACAGAUCCAGUCACGUUCCGCAAACAGAGGGUCCAGCACCGUGCCGUUAAGCAUGGCCAGAUGAUCCAAGACCGCAUCCAGGAAGAGGGAGAAGACGUCGAGUCUGACAUUGAUCUUGGCGAGGCGAGCGACAUCUCCGACGACUUUGCUGGAACUGCCGGUUCAGAGUCUCUGCUGGGCAUGGGUGCUCCUUUGAUCACCGUCGACACUCUCGAAUCCACUCCAGGAAACGUGCCCAGCAUGCCGCCUGCCAUUACUCCUCAUACCUCGACCUCACCCAAACGUAUGAAACAGAUGGCUCCUCCUCCAGAUCUACCAAGACUUCCUGCAGGCCGUCCCAUCAGCUACGUACAGCCCGUCAGUCUCUUGUCAAAGGCUUUGAAACAUACGUCACAAAAGGCUGGCGAUCCCCUCCAGCAAUUUGCCCAACUGUCUGGCAAAGGCGAAUCGACCCCUCUGUGGAUCAAGAUAUAUGCUCCUUUUUCCAAGAAGGCUUCCUCGCCUAUCCAAGUGCCUAUCCGCAAAAACGCGAAAGAAGGUGUUCCAACUAUUGUUGCUGAGCUCAUAGGGCUCAGUCUGUGGCGAUAUGCUGAGGAAAAGAUCGAACCGCCACUGGAGGGCAAUGACUUGAAUGUGAACCGAUGGACGUUACGCAUGGUUGAAGACGAAGAAGUAGAUUACGACUUCCCAGCCCUGACUCGAACGAAACCUCUCGGAGAUUUUACUUCGAACAACAACCGGCCGCCUCGAGCUAGGGCAAGAGACAAGCCUUGGGAUGAGUUUGGUCUCGUGAGAGCGACUGAAGAGCAAUACAGGGAGAACGAAGAGCUCACCCCGCAAUUUAGCGAACCAUCUGGCCUGGCCCCUUCUAGUACACCUGUACCAGACACGUCUCGUACGGCGACACCACAGCCUGCCAACAUGCAGAGGACUUUGUCUGACGCACCUUCAACCCUGGCACCACCUACUGCACCAACUUAUAUCCCCAACGUCAACCCCAUCACACCCUCCUUCGCCCCUAUGGCUAGGAAGAACUCAACUAUCCCUUUGAUGGACGCGCCAGCUGCACCCGCUCCCCGUUCUACGCCCAGGACUGGCUCUUCCAAGACGGUCACUAUACACUACACAGAUCCUCAUUCUUUCCAGACGACUCUGUUACCUAUACCAACUACAUCUGAUACGUAUCUGGCUGAGCUGUUCACGACAGCCUGUCAGAGGCUUAACAUCGACAAAGCGUUAUAUGUUCUCAAGGUUCGCGGCACACAAACCGUUGCACCAGAAGAUCGUACAGUAGAGGCAUUGGGUCAAAGAUUAGCACUCGAUCUGGUACGACGUCGCUUUGUCGGUGUUGGUGAUGGCCGUGGUAUGGUAAGUGCAGUAGGCAGCCCAGGCAGCGAAAGCCCCAAUGCCCCUCUCCUUCUCGAAACCGCCACAAACUCCAAGCCCAAAACACGGAAACCCUUCAUGGGUCUACAAAGCGCGAAAUCAACGAACGACAUCAAUGCCACCGCACUCUGGGGUCUUGCCGGCGGAGCAGGAAAACGCUAUCUCGUCAUCCGCCGACAACCUCUUUCCUUUGCACCCUCACACCCGAGAAUUCUCGCGCUCGAUGCAGAGUUCAUGCAUGUCAUGCCUGCCUCAUCUACAGAUCCUCUCAAUGCCAACGCAGACCCUGCAAUGGCGCCUCCCGGUGGCAAAACAACAAGCGUUCACCUCAGCAGCGUCGUCGGCUGCAAAGUCAGCAGAAAACACCCAAAAGUCGUGCGUGUGCUCGUGUAUCGCGAGAAGGAAACCAAACGCUAUGACUUUGAGGCGUCGACGAGGGAGGAGGCCCAAGAGAUUGCUACCGAGAUCAAUAAGGGUAUGAUGAGGUUUAGGGAUGAGGAAGAGUGA